AUGGGCCUGGCCAGGGCCCUGCGCCGCCUGAGCGGCGCGCUGGAGUCAGGAAACAGCCAAGCCGGCGAUGAGGAGGAGGCAGGGGCCGGGCUGUGCCGCAAUGGGUGGGCGCCCGCACCGGUGACUGGGAGCCGGCGCCGCGGGCGCUUCGUCAAAAAAGAUGGACACUGCAAUGUGCGCUUCGUGAAUCUGGGUGGCCAGGGCGCGCGCUACUUGAGUGACCUGUUCACCACAUGUGUGGACGUCCGCUGGCGCUGGAUGUGCCUGCUCUUCUCCUGUUCCUUCCUCGCCUCCUGGCUGCUCUUCGGCCUGACCUUCUGGCUCAUCGCCUCACUGCACGGCGACCUGGCGGCCCCGCCGCCCCCUGCGCCCUGUUUCUCACAGGUGGCCAGCUUCCUGGCUGCCUUCCUCUUCGCGCUGGAGACGCAGACGUCCAUAGGCUAUGGUGUGCGCAGCGUUACCGAGGAGUGUCCAGCUGCUGUGGCCGCCGUGGUGCUACAGUGCAUCGCAGGCUGUGUACUCGACGCCUUCGUCGUGGGUGCAGUCAUGGCCAAGAUGGCCAAGCCCAAGAAACGCAACGAGACGCUGGUCUUCAGCGAAAACGCAGUGGUGGCUCUGCGAGACCGCCGCCUCUGCCUCAUGUGGCGGGUGGGCAACCUGCGCCGCAGCCACCUGGUGGAGGCUCACGUGCGGGCCCAGCUGCUGCAGCCCCGUGUGACCCCGGAGGGUGAGUACAUUCCGCUGGACCACCAGGAUGUGGAUGUUGGCUUUGACGGAGGCACCGACCGCAUCUUCCUCGUGUCUCCCAUCACCAUUGUACAUGAGAUUGACUCAGCCAGUCCACUGUAUGAGCUGGGGCGGGCGGAGCUGGCCAGGGCUGACUUUGAGCUGGUGGUCAUCCUUGAAGGUAUGGUUGAGGCCACAGCCAUGACGACACAGUGCCGCUCAUCUUACCUCCCAGGUGAGCUGCUCUGGGGACAUCGCUUUGAACCAGUCCUUUUCCAGCGUGGCUCCCAGUAUGAGGUUGACUAUCGCCACUUCCAUCGAACAUAUGAGGUCCCGGGGACACCAGUCUGCAGUGCCAAGGAGCUGGAUGAACGGGCAGAGCAGGCUUCCCACAGCCCUAAGUCAAGUUUUCCUGGCUCCCUCGCUGCAUUUUGUUAUGAGAAUGAACUUGCUCUGAGCUGCUGCCAGGAAGAAGAGGAAGACGAGGAUUCUAAGGAGGGGACUUCAGCAGAGACCCCAGAUCGGGCUGACAGUCCCCAAGCUCUUACACCAACCCUGGCACUGACCCUGCCUCCAUGA